GUCUUUAGAAGCCAAUGCCACAGAACGAAGGAGAAAGUCGAUCAAUUAACAGGAAGAGCGAAAACUUCACCAUACACGAUAUUCGACACAUUAUUUAUGGCAGGAUGGAUAUGGAUAGAAAUAUCUUUGUUUGCCGUUUUGUCAGUCUACACUGGAGGUCAGAUAAUGACACCUAGCACGUCACAAUGCGGGGUCAAUUACCUUUACCUGGGGUCAGGGACGACAAUGGACGUAUCGGAGUUCUACCAGACGUAUGUUAACGACCCUACAGUGACGUCAUUAUCAGACUGCACACAUCAGUGUGACGUGGACAGCCAGUGUAAGGCCAUUGGUUACAUGGACGAUAUCGGCGGAGUGUCAUGUGGUCUGUCGGAAUCAGAUCACGUGACACCGACUGCGUGCCCGUCUUGUCGUGUGUUUACCAAAAAUUGUUCUGCAGACUGCGUCCCUUACACCGUUUUCAGCGGAGGAUACAUUGGGAGGACGCAAUACGCCAACUACGACCCUUCUUCUUACACCGAAUGUCAGGACAGAUGUACCAAUGACCCGUUUUGUAACGGGUUUAUUCACAAUGACGUCAUUAUGACGUGUAGACUUUCCGAAUCCAGAAAAGAAGUAGCGUACCCCGGAAACGCUAGCUUCUCAUUCAGUCGAAAGGAAUGUAGCUCUGGAUGCGCAAAUUAUCUGGCUUACGGAGUAGGAAAAAUCAUUGAGUUGAGCGCCCUGUACCUGUUGAAUAAUUCCUUAACACAGCGAGAGUGUGAGGCACUGUGCAGUAAAGAUCCCGGAUGUAGAGGCGCCGCCCAUCAGCCCAGUGAUCAGAACUGUGGGCUGUUUGACUCGGGGACAAGCCAGGAAUACAGCUGGUGCCUGAAUUGUACCGGGUACGCCAAACAGUGCCCACCAGGUAAUUAUCCAGUCACCAGGCAAACCUGUGGAGUUUCUACGUACACUGUCUUUGCCGUUAACCACGUGUCAUCAGCCACCUACAGCAGUACCAUGCCUACUACCAUCACUGACUGUCAAUCAAUAUGUAAUGCAGACCCAUUUUGUCAUGGAUUUGCCUUUAACUCCUUAACAGGGGAAUGCGAACUUUCAGAUAGCACUUUAUCAAAGCAUGUUGCCUGUACAGAAUGUUCAUUUUCAGCUAGAGAUUGUGUGGAUGAAACUUCGAAAUACCUCACCCAAUGUUCUACCAACUUUUCCAGCGUUGGAGUGAAUCUGACCGUGUCCGUGGAAUCAUCCAACCAUGACGGUUCCGACCUUGCCACUUGCCAGGAUUUGUGUGCAAAUGACCCGCUCUGUCUGUCGUUUCAUCACAGUCAAGGUGACCUUCAGUGCCGCCAGUCCACGUCGGACGGAUCUACCCCUGGAUCCGCCUCUGGAUGUGACGCGUGUCAAUUCUACACCAAAGACUGCUUACCAGGAUGCGGCGCUGUUUCGUACGUGAGGUACGAAUUUGGUUACAUUACAGCCUCUGUGCGCCUGGAUCUGGUUGGUCACGUGACACCUUUUGAUACGUGCCAACAGCUGUGUGAUAACGACACAUUUUGUUAUGGGUUUACGUACAAGGCGGAUUCGUCCCGAUGUGUUUUGUCGGACUCCGGUACACACGUCUGGUAUCCAGAAUGCCCAUCCUGUUCAUUUUCCAAGAAAAUAUGUUUAUUUUCAGAACCUCCCACAUCUGCCCAAGAGGUUAUAGUCAGCAACGGGACCAUGGACUGUGUAUGUGUGUGCAAAGACACCAAUCAGACGGUCAAUGAAAUUAUGCAACAGAGGAAAACCGAACUGACCGUUGAUACCGAGGCUCUGUCGUCGACACUUCGGAAGUUCUAUAGUGCCCCAGACUCACGACCAACGUCGACUGCGAUUGGUGCGUUGGGUGCUGCAAUGAUCGGGGUGUUGGUAGCGUUUAUUGUUUUACCAGACUUGUUUUCGGCACUCUAUUCUAUUCUGACUCAUUUCAAAAAUGUAAAAUCGUAACAUUAACUUGAUCUUUUACCUUUUGUUAAAUAUUCACGAUUUUGCUUAAAUUAAUUACAAAUGUAUUGCAUUUUAUAUAUCUUAAAAUUUUGUUGUAUUGAAUAUGGGCAGGUGAGUACGUAACUUGAGUUUGCUUUAUUGUUAAAAAAUGACGUCAAACACUCACAUUAUGGAUGAAUUAAAACCCAAUAAUGUAUCAAUACCCCACCACAAGAGAUUGUUUUUUCCUUAUAUUUUUUGUUGAAAAAUGUUGAAUUUUAGAUUAUACAGAUUAGAUUUCUUGUUACUUUUCUUAAUUCUGUUUACUAUGUUUUUGUAAAACAUUUCAAUUUGUAGAAACUGCAAUCUGUACAAAAAUGUCUAAAAUUGACCAUGUAACAUAUAUUCAUAAUAAAAACGACAAUAAGAAACAAAAUAUAUAUCUCAUCU